AUGACAUUCGGUUCAAGCAUAGCUAUCGAGAAGCUCAGAGGGACUUAUUGGCCCUCAAAUCCUGCGUGUGAAUUCAUUCUCAAGGCUGUAGUUUCUUUCACGACACCACGAGGAACUCAUGGCUCGGUGCUCGAGGGUUUGAAUCGGACAUCGGUUGCGAAUAAGCAUGUCAUGAGUCAGUUGGCGACUGGGCCAAUAUCAGAAGGAAUACUAGAAAUCCCCACCGAUGAUCUCAUGCACUCCUCUCAGCCAGAAGAUGUGCCUGUUGGUCAAGCACCCAACUACUGGGAAUCAUCAUCAAAUUUUAUCACCAGCCCUGUCCAAGUAUAUGACUCCCAUUACCCAGAAGGAUCAUCACUUCCACAAGGAUCCAUACCCCCUGUACUUGACGCCGAUGGAUCUUUUGACAAUGACUCGACCGAAGAUUUACAACGUCAUACUCAAGAUUCCUUUGAGUUGACUGAGCGUGAAGCUUUCCUUUUCAUGACCUAUAUAUACAAACUUGCACCCUCAUCUGAUGCAUGUGAUGAUGCCCGCCAUUUCGAACUCGAAGUUCCUCGACUAGCCCUUCGUCAGCCAAUGAUGAUGAACGGCCUCCUCGCACUUGCGAGUCGCUACGACGCCCGUUGCACAAAUACGUCCAGCGACAUAGAAAGCACGUUUUACCAUACCAAAUGCAUAAAACUGCUCAUCAAGGCCUUUGCUCAACCACCUGAAACUUGGAAUUCAAUACUCCUCACAACUGUUGUAAUCGCACGUCUCUACGAGGAAUAUGAUAACGAAUCGGAUUCUUAUUACCAUCAUCUUAGUGGAACGCAAAAUCUGUUAAACCACGAGGUCAUUGCUAGGUUUGUGAUGCAGGGUGGUUUGGCUGAAGCUGCAAGUUGGGUCCAUCUCCGACAAGCCAUUUACAUCUACGUCGUACACAGGAAGCCUAUAGAGAUACGACUUGAAAGUUUUGAGAGAUCAACCGUGUUCAGAAGAUCUGAUGAUUCAGCGUAUGCGAACAGGGCGGUCUAUAACUUCGCCAAGAUCUUGAAGCUGUUUCUCUCGACGAAUACUCAAGAGAGUAAUCUAGGGGAGUGGCGGGCAGUCGAGACAGAGGUCAAGGGCUGGUAUGAUGCUAGGCCUGUGUCUUUCAAACCUGUAUUUCACCAGCCUGCGGAUGUCUCGACAGAUAGACCGUUUCCAACCCUUUGCUUUCUUAGACCGGUGCCUGUUAUUGCAAUGCAGCAUUACUACGCUGCCGAGGCUGUUUUGUGCAUGUACAAGUUUAAUGAUACUCAAUACAUGGACAGCCGUGGCAAGCAAGAGUUCAAGGUAUUUCUGACUUCUGUUAAUCCGAGAAAAGGCUAA